UUGCCACCCACACAUCUACUCCCUCGAAACGAAUCCCGUAUACAAUCCCGUACACCAAACCCAAAGCAAACGAUAUCACACGGGCCGCGCGAACAGGUGACGUGCCAAUUGCCUGUGUCCAUCUCUGUGUGAGUGUGCGUCGAGACACUCGCACUCCCCCUAACCCUCACCGCACCACCAACCACCACAACAUGAUCUUGGAUGGAGAACGUCAUAUUCGAUGACUCGCCCCUGGCCGAGUUCUUAGAAGGUGAGGGAAGAAGACACACAAGCUCCCCGCCGUCGCCGGUCGCCUCCGCCAUCCCUUCAGACGACACACACAAUUUCGCCCCGAGAGGUCCCUCAACGCUCCAGUCGCGGAUUCGAGAAAAGCUUCCUCGCCCCCUACGCAUACACACGCGGGGAAAUGGCUCGGUGGCGCGCAUACAUAGCGCUUGUUCACGGGCGGUGAAUUCUAGAAUCGGGCGUGCAGACAACCAACGUUUCCUCGAACACUUCCGAUACCUGCUCGUCGCCUCUCAACUCCUCGCCGAGCAAGGCGGUUUACGAGCUCCCUCCCUUCCCAGCUUCGCAUCCGACAACCGAAUCGCACCCCAAGAGUUCAAGGUCGCCACAACGAGUGUGACCGGUGCCGGCUUGACUGCGGCGACUUCCUUUUGCCUCGUCUGGCUGGUACAUUGGUCGCGGAACAGGUCCACUGGUUUCAGCGUCGGCAGGUUUCUUGCCGUAUUGGCAGUCUUCGCAGCAGUUGCCACAAGCUGCUACGCCUACAUCCGGCGCCAAUGGUUACAACACCUCCGACAGCAAGCAGUAGAGGCUGCAUCCACUCUUGUCACGAAUCUCCAAGCAUUUGAGGCGUCAACCUCGUCGAGCCUUGCAUUGAUCCAGGAGGUCGAGCUUGUCUCAAGGGGUUAUCGACUAAGCAGCCCCCUACCCCCUAUCUCCCGGCUGGAAGAACAAGGCCAGAGCCGUCGAUGCCAACGUCUACGCCGAAGCCUCGGCGCUGCUUUCGCGGACGCUGUACCUGUUUUCGCCGAGCAAUGCGGGUCCCUGAAGCAAUUGAUCGAAGAAGAUGAUUUGGAGAAAUAUUUGGAUGUGUACGACAUCAGCAAUCCCGAUCUGCAGGAGGCAGCCCAGGGAUACUCGCAAUCCGAGUUCGAAGAUAAUGAGACGCUGAAGGUUCUGCGCACACUCCAGUACCGGCUCUCCAUCUUGCGGAGAGUCUACCUUUGCUCCCUGCUCGCCCUGGAGGCGGACGGUGGCAAACCUGACUUUGUACGAUGGAGUACCGCGGUAGACUCAAUGCUCACUUUGGCCGCCACUACCGGCGAGUGGAGCGAGAAGAUAAACCGCAUUUUGGGCGAAGAACAAAACUUCGUCUUGCCUUCUCCAAGCAAGUCUCAACCAACGCCGAAUCGCGAGAAAUUGCGCACCUCGGUCCGCAAGCUCGGUUCCUUGUCCCAGGGUAUUCGUGGACUCCAAGCGAAGAUGCAAAUUCUGCGCGAAGAGUCGAAUAAGACCUUGGAGGAGUCUGAAGAUGUGACUGACUUAAGUUCGCACCUGAUGGCGCAAUACGAGUCCAUUGGCGCGGAUCUCAAGAACCUAAUGCAGGCGUGGGAAGCAGGCAAGAAUGCGCUUGCUCUCAACAUCGAUAGGCACGAAAGGCGGAUAUCCCAGGCCUCCAGUGGUUUGAGAUCGCCCGUCCCAAGCCUAGGCGGUUUGACAGCAGUUGACGAAGGUAGUCCAUCUGAUGCCCUCCGAGCGCUGAACGGAGAAUUAUUGAGUCUCAACCAAUCUGCGCCCUCGAGCGCCGAUGGCAACAAUUCCGAUGACGAAGUCUUCGAAGCCAUUGCCAUACCAAAGACACGUGCUACGAUGACGAGAGAAGAACGUAUGCACAAAAUCCAAGAGGAUCGAGUCCGGCAGGCAAGCCUCAGGGAGCAGAGAGACGCGAGCAACAAUAUGUUGAAAGAGUUGGAAUCUGUCAUCAAUUUACGGCCACAAAGAAUGAGCCUGCCUGCUCCAGGUAGGGUAACGAGUCUGUGAAAUUAUCACUUUCCCUUUUGUUUUGUCUUUCUCUUAAUUUGACUAAUGAACGUCUCCCAGAGGACCUGUGGGCCUUGCUGGGCGUUUACGCACUCGACACACGAAUACUUUUUC